UAUGGGAGGGGAGGCCCCAUUCCUAGCCUCUGAGGUCUGUCCCCAUCAGAGUACUCUUCCUCCCUCCUCCCUCCUUCCUCGCCUCCCUGUUGCUUACAGACAAAGGCAAGCUUGGAGUGGGAGAAGGAGCAAGACUGCUUCCUCCCUCAAUCUGGCAAGCCUGGAGAAGUCAGGAGGCUGAGCUUUUUAGCAAGGACUCAGGAGAUGGGGUUACAAACCUUUCUUCCACAAGAGUCUAUUGAUGGUCUAGCUUCUAAAAUGAUUCCUGCAAGGAAAUUAAGCCAGCUUUCUCUUGGAUUGAGGCAGCCACAGUGCUACUGCUUUCUGUGGUGUAGAGCUAUUGAGCCCAGCCAGAGUUGGGCCACUUCUUCCCCUGCCCUCCCACACACCGUGACACCUGCUGGUCCUCCAGUUCUGCAGAGCCCUGGGCCUGUGCCUUGUGCUGGUCUGCCUGGGCAAAGUGGAGGUUGAGAACAGCACUUGCACAAUGAUGCCUUAUGAGCCCCUGUGGGUUUACAUAAAGUCAAUCAGAGCAGGUCGGAAGCUAGGGUUUUUUUGAUGGACAAUAGAGCGUGAUGUGGCUGUUUCCUGCCUCAUUUACAUGCGUUUUCUUGCUGUGCAGAAACGGUUUCGAGAGUGCAGAUCAUAAUGCUGCAGAAAACCUGUUUUAGGAGUGGUGUCUGGGCAGAGUGCACUGGCCAGGAGGCCAGCCUUGCAGACCACCCUUGGGGUCUUCAUGUGCCCGGAAAUGGGAAGCUCACUGCAGCUUCCAGAGGGGCUUUCCUAGGACGGGAGCUUUGUCUCCCUUUCCCCAGCAUAAUUGACUGAUAAAAAGCUAGAUAUAAACCAGAUAUAAAGUAUACAAUGAUUAGACGUUCUACAGGAGAGUUUUUAGCUUUUUGAAAGGCUUGACCAUGAAAUUAAAUGCCUUUGGUUAUCAAUAUUUGAAAUAAAUGAGCAUUUGAAAUAAAACUCAUUUUGUUUUCAUAGCUUCACAGGACCAUGGCUACUGGGUGAAUCAAGUCCCACCCUCCAUCCCCUCAUGUUUUAGUGACUUCUGCUGUGUGCAGUCCCUUAGCUCUUGUGAUGCUAUUUUACUCUUGUGACACUUGUGAGUGGACAAGUCUUGACCCUCAAGUGGGCUGCCUUCCAGGGAGGAGAAGGCAGCAUGUACUCUGUGAGAGGCUGCCAGUAGUGAGCAAAGGUGCCUGGAAGCUGGGAGGUGCCUUGAUGGGUCCAGGACACAUGCAGCCAAAGCAGGAACGGGCAUCCUGACUUCUCCUCCAGUCCCUCGGGCGGCCCUUCAGGGCCUGCCCCUCAUUGCCUCUAUACCCCACUUGGUCAAACAGACCCAUUCGGGGGAUGCUUGUUUGCAGUUUCUGAACUUGAGGACUAAUUAAGAGAUGUCAGAUGUCCCAGGUCACGCUCUCUUAGGGUCUUGCUGUCCAAAGUGGGGUUAGAAGGCCAGCUGGAGGCUUGUUCGAAAUGCACAAUCUCAGCCCACUCCUGCUGGCUGUACUUAGCAAGGUCGUCAGUGGUUCCCGUGCACUGAGGAGAAUCACUGAUCUCAACAAUACUGCAGGGACCAGAGCACAGGAGACUUCUUACCUCUCUGGGGACUGCACAGAAGUUCUGAAACCUGACUGUGGUGAUCCAGUAGGCCCACAGACUUCGUUCUAAGGGCUCAAAUUGCUCUCCCAGGGUUGGGAGGGUAAUUUUACACUAGAGGCUGGUUCUGGAUUAUCCUUGGGUCAAAAAGAAGAUGUAACCAAAAGAUAUUGAGCAACAGGGUCUGCCCCAAACUUUGCAAGUUCCUUUAGCAACAUUCCUUUAGCAAAUGUGUCAGCCCUGAGUGAAAACAGGAGUGAUGGAAAGGAAGUACCCACUGAGUCUUGCGUACAGCUGAAGCAGGAAGGAGAAGCACCAGCUCGGGCCGCUUUGAUUUUAGCCCCCAGCCCAGGCGGGUGGCCCAUCACUGUAGUGGCUCUCCAUUCAUGCCCACCCUGGGUCAGAGCCCACCCUGCCCUUGCCCUGCCUGCCUGCCAGUUUCCCCCAGUAUGGCAAACAAUUUCCUGACCUCAGAGAAGUUUUCUAAGGUCAUUGUUCCAAAGGCCCAUCUGUCUCUGUCCAAACAUAUGCAACCCCCUGGAAUUCUUUGGUUUAUUUUAUUCUCUGAUUGUUUCAUAUUACCAUGUCAUCCUGUCUCUGUCUUUGAUACCCCACAUGCAGAACCGGAUUGGGUUUAGGAGUGGUGUGUGUCAGUAACAGAAUGUCCAUUUGUUUAUUUAUUUUUUACAUUUUAUUUAUUUUUAAGGGGGGGGGGGCACAGCACAAGUGGGGGAGGGGCAGAGAGAGAGGGAGACACAGAAUGGGAAGCAGGCUCCAGGCUCUGAGCAAGCGGUCAGCACAGAGCCCGAUGCGGGGCUCGAACUCACAAACCAUGAGAUCAUGACCUGAGCCCAAGUCAGACGCUUAACCAACUGAGCCACCCAGGCACCCCCAGAAUGUCCAUUUAGAGCCAUCAUGUCUGAGGGCCUGCAGUAUUCCAGACUCACACUGGCCACUUUGCAUCCAUUCUACUUAUACCUUUCAAGAAUCCAGCUUGUAGGUGGUUUGUCUCCAUAUUACAGGCUUGCCGAGAUGCCCGUCGUGGUAGGAGACAUCAUGAAGCUGCUCUGCUCCAUUUCCGAGGAGAGGAAAAUGAAGGCGGCCGUCAAGCACUCUGGGAGGGGAGCACUGGUCACAGGGGCCGUGGCCUUCGUCGGGGGCCUGGUUGGAGGCCCACCUGGGCUAGCUGUUGGGGGGGCCGUCGGGGGUCUAUUAGGUGCAUGGAUGACAAGCGGACAGUUUAAGCCAAUUCCUCAGAUCCUAAUGGAGCUGCCACCCGCUGAGCAGCAAAAGCUCUUUAAUCAAGCCACCGCCAUCGUCAGGCACCUGGAGUGGAUGGACGCCGUGCAGCUGACCACGCUGGUCAUGGGCAGUGAGGCCCUGCAGCAGCAGCUGCUGGCGAUGCUGGUGAACUAUGUCACCAAGGAGCUCCAGGCCGAAGUUCAGUACGAUGACUAGGUCGUUCCUCCUGGGACACAGGGGUCUCGUGUACGUGAUUCAGACCCACAGAAGGGGACAGGGGGUUUGGGAAAGCCCCACAUCAUCAGUGUGUUACCUUGCGUGGAAUGAAAGCUGCUGGAGAGGUUACUGCGGCGCGGUUUCAUGCUCUGGAGAUUAUUUAUGAAGACGUCGUGUUUUGGGGUCGUGUGCACUAAUAUGCACUGACCACCCUGUGGCUGGAGGGCUGGUGAAGAGCGACAUCAGUGACAGCUUUCCGGGUCCACUGUUACUCACAAGGCAGUGUGGCGGAAGGCCCCUGUGUUCCACCUCCCCACCUGUGAAGGAGUCCUGUCCUAAGCACCUGUUAGAGGACGCCUGUCCUAAGCACCUGUUACGGGACCUGUUUCUCCCCUGGGGCCCUGGGUCUCAGGACCUGGGAGCUGGCCCAUGAGGGAAUCACAUUUCCCUCAUGUGCCCCUUCCCUGGCCAGUGACUUCCAAGUGUCCCUUCCAUGGAGGGGCGGUCGGCAUGUUGAGUGAAGCCACAACAUCAAGGCCCCCAGCCCUUCUCCCACGUGGCAUACCUGGGCUCUCACUGUCCCAGGGGCUUACUCUCCCCAUCUGAAAAGUCGUGGUAGUUCUUGAGGUUUGCUUUUCAAAUUAAGUACUUUCAGUAAAAAGUGUUGCUCUUUCUGAAUUGAUAGAAUCUAGGAAAUGCGUCCACCCUAAAUUCUCCCUUAAUACUAUAUUCACUUUGUUUUCGGAACCGUAACUUGACUAGGUGUUAUCAAAUUGCAAUAAAUGUUUUCUGAGCAGG